CGUAUAAGCAUACUUGAGGAAAUGUUUCGAUCUUUGAGUAAUCUCAUAAAAACAAGAAAGGGGGAAAGAAAUCGUUCCCGUGACGCCACUCACAUAAACACGGAUGCACACAGGAUGUGAAGGUUUGCGCGUUUGUUUGCUUGCAUGCGUUAUCAGGAGUGGACAGGAAGAAAAAAAGAUGAAAUGAUUUAAUUCAGGUGCAAAGUGUGACUAGCUUUUCAUCACAGUUAAACGUCGUUCUAAGAUAUUUCGGAAGGACGAGUGGGAAGACGAAAGACUAGAACCUUUCUGUUCUAGUUUGCGCCUUAGGGAUAUUUUCGCAAAGUGCUUGAGGUGAUUUACCUCGUCCCAAAUGCUUGCGGGUAUUGGUGCAAGAGAACGAGGGGUGAAACCGACCACUGGUGCGAAAGAAGGUUCUCCCAGGUGCCAGAUGCUUUUAGUGCCAGGGUAUGAGGGGCCACCGAUGUCUUGUGGCACGGUAGAAGGUUGUGUGAUCAUCUUGGCCCCAGUCUUUCUGUGAGUGCCAGUCGUGCCCUACAUUGCUCUCUGCGUUCUUAUGUGGAAGGAAAAGACCUAAGAAAGAUCAUUUCCAGAAAGAAAGAAAGAAAGAACUGAGCGCAGUUACCAGUGGGAUACGUGUGUUCCUUUCGCUGAUGAAAAGUUUGAUGUUGGUAAUAACUUGAUUGUUGACAGAGGGGAAGUGGAAUAACCUGCUCUGAGUGUGUCAGAGGCAGAAGAACAGUCCAUUGGUUGCUGGAGUUGCUUGAUCAGCGUUCAUGGAUAAUGUUCCUUCGGAAAAGCCUUCCAUCUGGAGAUUUUCUUAGUUAUUGACUUGGCUGUUGAAUAAGUUUAAGGCCUAAGAGCCUUUGCGGAACGAUGACGACGCUGGCUAGAAGAAAUUCUUCAAUACACAAAGUCCGGGAUUUCCAGUUAGCCAAAGUUGAUUUGGAUGACGAGUACGAAGUCCUUCACGUCAUUCAAAAGGGAUGGAGAGGAAAACUCCUUCUGGUGGAGCAUCGGAGGACCCGUCAUGAGGUUGUCCUGAAGGCUAUUCAUAAGGAUGCCACUUCCCGCCUCGACUUCUUUCGGGAAUUCCACUACAAUUACUACCUCAGUCCCCACGAGAACAUCCUCAAUGCUUACGACGUGGCUUUUGAGGCCGACGACCACUUCGUCUUCGCCCAGGAGUAUGCUCCCUUCGGGGACCUCACCAGCAACACCUCCGACGUGGGCCUAGGAGAGAUCAACACCAAGAAAAUAGCUCUCCAGUUGGCCUCUGCCCUCGACUUCAUGCAUUCAAAGGACUUGGUCCACAGGGACAUCAACAUGGAUAAUAUCUUGGUCUUCAAAAGCGACUUCAGUCAGGUUAAACUUUGCGACUUUGGAUCCACGAGGAAGAAAGCAACGCUGCUCAAGAAGAAGACGGUCUGGUUGCCCUACACGCCGCCGGAGAUCGUGGAUGCUGUGCACAAUGAGGGCUUUCACGCAGAGACAUCUCAGGAUGUGUGGCAACUUGGUAUACUGAUCUACGUGCUCUUGACAGGUCAGCUGCCUUGGCAGAAGGCUGACCUCACUGACCCUAACUACGCAGAAUAUGUCAACUGGAGGAAGAGAAAGACGCUGCGGACCCCAAAACGCUUCACAAAUUUCACAUCUCGUCUCCUGCGCAUGUUCAAGAGGUUGCUGGAACCGAAACCGGAGAAGAGAUCCUCCGUGAGAGAGGUUUACAAAUAUCCGGACGACAAGUGGUUGGUGAAGCUUCCCCGCAGAGACGCCGGUGAUAUUGACAAUCAAAGUAUCUGCUACUCGACGUACUCGGCUCAUUCCUGCCCGAAGGAGAAGGACUACGUGUUGAGGACUCUGAAGGAGGCCGGCAUAGAGACCACCGUCGACCGCAUCGCCAAACGCCAAAGGAUACACGAAUGGCUGGAACACUCGCUUUCUAACAAAACUCCGGAGGGAGACGACCAAAGGGCACUAGAUGGUUCAACCUCUCCAUCGACCGACCAAGAUGACCAAAAAGAGGACGAGGUCGAAUCUCAGUGCUCAGACAAUGACAAGCGAUUGCGGGAGAGUUUAAGGAAACAGUACGAAGACCUCGCUGCCUUGAGCAUUGAAACUGCUCGAACGAGGAGUGCAACAAAUAACGCCCACGAUGGACACCAUGGUCCUACUCAAGAUAGAAAGUCAAGGAUCACGGAUUACAAGUCGCAAUCUUCAAACAAAAAGAUUGACCCUAGAAAGGGCGAAAUUAUUAACUCCGGCGUGAUCGUCAUAUCAGGGAGCAUAGUAACCCCUGUCCGAAGAUUAUCCCGCCCAAGAGCUCACAGUAAUAGUCCGCACUUAGGAAGGAGAACUUUCACACGAACGCAGAAGUUCGGCGAUGCGCCUCCAAGCCCGCCACCACCCAGACAUACCCAGAGCGCCUCGCCUGCUGUGCCCGUUGAGAAUCCCCUCGCCAAAUGCCCUACUUACGGCAGAUCCGAUCGGACUGAAUGCGGGUACGAGUUAAAACACAGCAAGACUUACGGGUACUUCAUGACCGAUUAUUCAGACGAGCUGGAGUCGCAGAAAACGAGUCAAGAUGACAGCAGCUCAACAGACACGAGCUUGGUGAGCGUGCUUGUGCAACCAACUACGUACCAUUAAGGCAAUGCAAGUGAGCACACACACACACACACACACAGGCUCUGAGUGAUAAUGUUUGUACAUCUUCGUGUAUAAACAUCCACCCUUGGAGACGAAACCUUCCGCAUGGAUUGUAGUAGGAUAUGUUUGGCUGCCCAACAGAUCAUGUUUGUACACAUUUUUUUCAUUUUUUAUAUAAAACUGUAGUUGCUUUACUUCUAUGUGUGUAGAGAUAUUCAAGCGUGUUUAAGUUUCUUUUAUAUUUAUAAGAAAAUGACUUGUGGUGUAUUUAUCAAGCGGAGCUUUGACUUCUUUAUUUCCGUAUAUCUGCUCUUUUUUAAGCAUUAUAAAGAAGUAAAAUAUUUUCCAUAGAAAAAACUUUUUAUAUAAUUCGCUGAUAAGAUGCUGUUCUAUGUUUUAUGCAAUGUAUAUCAUUUGUUCACUGAAAAAAAAUGAAGGAAAACAAUACGAAAUUGCACAGACUCUUUCUGCAGAAGUAAUAAAAACCUGAGUGUUAUAUAAGACCAGGUGUCUUCUAAUAAAAGUAAUGGCUUCCCUUUCAAAGAUGCCGUGCUGAUCAUUGGAAGUUACCCUCAGUGGAGAUCCGACAAACGACUAUGAAGACUGCAAGAUUCAGGAGCAUAUCUAUGAAGCGAGUUUUCUUUCCAGUAAUUCAGGAAGUUUCUUCCACUGCAAAUUUAUUCUCCACUGUCAAAAAUACUGCUCAACCGGUGCCAAAACAUGUCCGAAAUAUGAGAGCCAAAUCAAAACCUCUAGGAAUCUGUAAAAUUAGCUGUCAUAGUGAGUCUUACGUGACUGAGUGAUCUCUAGAAUGAUGUAAGUUAGGAUUAGAAACUUCUUUAGUGUUAGGUCUGUUCCUUUUGUGGUGAAUAUUACCUUGUCUUCCCUUAUCAUAGCUAAACAGCGUUGUCAGAUUAUGGUGCAACAAAAUUCAAUAUAAAACAAUAUGAAACUAUUCAGAAACGAUGAUCAAAUUUCCAGGUUAGCUUUAGUUCCUGAAACUUUCACUUGGUGCUCACUUUGAUUAAAAAAAAAAAUAAAAAUAAACCUCUUCAUGUUUGGUCAAGACUACAAAAGCACUUUUAAGAUGAUGACGCGACCUGUAGCACAGCCAUAAUAGUGGAACUAAUAGUAGUGGUAAGGGCCAUGUUUGUUUUUAAUCGUAAACUCAAACAAGUGAUUUGACUAUAUCCUACAAUCUUCAGUUUAAUGAGUCCAGAUUCAGACUAAAUAUGCUUAUGAUCAUUGGAAAAGUUUAUUUGUAUAUGUGUUUUUAAUACCGGAAUAUUGCUCUUCAAAACAUCCGUUUCCUCUUGACCAAAGCCUAAGGCGAUGAUCCUCGUACAAUUAAUUCUCAGCAGAACAAGAAAGAAGUGUGUUUACGACAACAGCUCAACAGACGUGGCCUUAGCAUAGAUUUUAUAAACCGAGGCAGGACGCUAGUCGUCCCUUAACUCUAGAUAUCUAGAAAUAGAAUAAUGAUAACACGAUAAGAAUGAUUUAACAGGCUCUCAUCGACCGUUAGCUCCUUCUUAACUUUUCUUAUAUCAAAUCCGGUGAUAAAAUGUAUUUUACAGUUAGAUAAUAGGUGGACAAGUAAAACACAGUGUGAAAGAAUGUUACGUCCGCUUAUUUCCACAUCAAAACAAUAGUAAAAUAACAGGUAGUUAUUUUUGUUCGAUUCACGAAAUAUAACGCAGGAUUAUCUGGAGACAUAUCGGAAGGAGCCUUUUCAUGAGAGUUUUCAGGACAAGACGGCCAACGUAACGUAUUGCCAUAUGAUGAAUCUUUCCGAGUUUCUUGACUAUUAGCAGUAUUCUGUUGUGCCACUUUCCAUCCCAAAUAGCGGGACGACGAACUAUGUAAUCAAAAUUGUAUAUAAGAAAAUAUGUAAUAUUGAAGAUUUCAACUAUGCCUGCUCAUUAUUCAUGUUUUGAUCGGACGCUUGUUAUUAGCAAAAUUUGUGCAAUGUAUAACGAAAAAUCGGUAUUAGACAAAAUGCGUUUAUAAGAAUUUGUUAUCAGAACGUGACAAGGUAUCUUAGGUUAAUCACUAGUAACUUUAAUCUGACUUUGUUUCUGUAAUAUGCAAGAUUAUCGCAUAAACAAAUGGAUGGUGCUUUCAAUGUUGCAAUAAAAAUGUGAUUUUUAAAAAAAAUCAUUAUAUUAAAAAAAGGUAGCCAUAGAAUCCAAGAUAGCUCAUAACAUAAUCUUCAAACUUAGGACACAGUAUUCUAUCUUAGAAAUAAGUAUGGAUGCGCGAGCACGAGGAAGAAUUGUGAUUAUCGUUGUGAGGUGCCAGUGUUGGUAGUUAGGGUCAAUCAUUUUCACUUGCAUGCUCUUCUCGAGGAUGUCGACAUGCUCUUCGUCAUGAUUUCUAUUCCUUCUCUGUUUCCUGCGUGGAUUUUGUUAUUCUUAGGAGCUGGCAGAAAUAAGUCCUCUUCAACAAAGAAGUGAUUACAUACCUACGUAAUAUCAUUCAAAAAUGAAUCAUUCAUGAUGAAAAGAAGAUAAUUAGUAAGCAAAUGUUACGAAAACAGUUGAAGAAAGGUGACCUACUUUGUCUGGGGGCUUUUUGAAACCAUGAUGCUGUACUGACAAUAAUGAUUUCUCUUUUAUAUAUCAAAACAUGAGAUAUAUACUGUCUUGUAAAUAAUGUUAUUUCGUCUGUGGGUAGGAUUACUGUAGGUGACUACUAAAAACAGUUAUAGAUCUGUGAUGAAACCUUUGUGAGUGGAUGUAUGGAAAAUGAAAUUUAUAAUUUCUAUGAAAGAGAGGUUUAUUGUUACAGAGAUUAUAUUAUCUAGUUUCGAAACUGUUGAGCUAUAAUAUAUCGGAGCGUUUCUAGUUUAUGAAGGUAACUGUGUAUUGGGGCUCAUGAUGCUUACGAAAUAAUCUGGGUAAAUGUUUGUCCUGACAAAAUAUGCAAUUGUAUCUUCCAGUAUGAAUAUGAUAACUAUAAUAUAUUCAGAGCAUAAUGCAAUAGAAGCUAAGUUAUUAUCAUCUUACAUUCUAAACCCUAUCUGUUGUCCGAUCAGUUAAGAGUCAUAGAUAUCGACAAAAAAUAAUUUCUGAUUAUAACUCCAGUGUGGCUUUUUAUUUAAAAAAAAGUAAGAAGACAUCUUUCUAUGAUCUUGAGAAUUUUUCGUAUAUUAUACAGUGAACGAUGAAUUAAUAUUAUAAUAUUAUAGAUUCAUUUGUAACAGGAUCAAAAAUAAUGAUUUUCACGGUAAUGCAUUUAGGUAUUCAAAUAUACUAGUAUAUGGAGUCACUAUGACUUCUGAGGUUAGGGCAAAGUGUCUUGAGUAUCUAUAGAAACGUAAGUUUCUCGUACAAAAGAGGUGCAUUUAUGCUUAAUUCGUCUUUUCUUAAAGGGGCCAUGAUACUUAUCCACUUUUGUAUGAAUAGUAUCUUGGCCAAAAACAAGUAAUAUUUCAUAUGCUGAAGAUGUAUUUUACCCUAUUUCUGUAAAAGAAACAUAAUAAAGAAAUAUGACUGACCGUGGGAACGUUUACAUUUUCAGUGCAAAUAAGGAAAUCUGUCGUAUGUACCUUUUUUGUAAAAAAUAAAAAAAAGAUUCCGACUGUUUGUGAGGAUCGCAUGAUUGAGAAUAGUUUUGUAUUUUCUUGUAAAUAAAUGUCCAAAGCGAACCAUA